AUGGCUCCUCCCGCUGCCGCCCUCGACUUUGUCGAUUUUGUCAACGCCUCUCCUACUCCCUACCACGCCUGCGCGACCGCCGCCGCCCGCCUCGAAAAGGCCGGCUUCACAAAGAUCAAGGAGCGCGACUCGUGGAACUCUGCGCUGCGACCGGGCGGGAAAUACUACCUCACCCGCAAUGGCUCGUCCAUCGUCGCCUUCGCCAUCGGCAAGAAGUGGAAGCCCGGUAACCCGGUAGCCAUGAUUGGCGCCCACACCGACUCCCCGACCCUACGCAUCAAGCCCGUCUCCAAGAAGAGCAACGUCGGCUUCAUGCAGGUCGGCGUUGAGACCUACGGCGGCGGUAUCUGGCACAGCUGGUUCGACCGCGACCUCAGCAUCGCGGGACGCGUCCUCGUCAAGGAUGCCGAGGGCAACUUUGUCCAGAAGCUGAUCAAGGUCGACAAGCCGCUGCUGCGCAUCCCAACGCUGGCCAUUCACCUUGACCGGAGCUCUACUUUCGACCCGAACAAGGAGAAUGAGCUGUUUCCCAUUGCCGGACUGGCCACGGCGGAGCUGAACAAGGGGAGCGCCAAGCCCGAGAGUGCUACUGAGGGCGACGAGGCCGAGGAGGAUUUCAAGCCGCUCAAGGCCAUGACGGAGCGUCACCACCCUCACAUUCUCGACGUCAUUGCCUCUCACGCCGAAGUCGAGCCCGAGGCCGUCAUCGAUUUCGAGCUCGUCCUGUACGACGUGCAAAAGUCCUGCCUCGGCGGCCUCAACGACGAGUUCAUCUUCUCGGCCCGCCUCGACAACCUCAAUAUGACGUACUGCUCCAUCGAGGGCCUCAUCGCCUCGGUCCGCGCCGCCGACGUGCUCGAAAACGACACCACCAUCCGUCUCGUCACCUGCUUCGACCACGAGGAAAUCGGCUCCACCUCGGCCCACGGUGCCAACUCGAACCUCCUCCCCGCCGUCCUGCGCCGCCUCGCCUCCCUCCCGGGCAGCCGCGACACGGCUUCGGACGGGUCCUACGUGGCCGUAUCCUCCCACGACGGAGGGGACUACGAGUCGACGGCCUACGAGCAGACGCUCUCGCGCUCCUUCCUCGUGUCGGCCGACAUGGCGCACUCGGUGCACCCCAACUACGCGGGUAAAUACGAGUCCUCGCACCAGCCGGCCAUGAACGGCGGUACCGUCAUCAAGGUCAACGCCAACCAGCGGUACGCGACCAACUCGCCCGGCAUCGUGCUUCUGCAGGAGUGCGCGCGCCUCGCGGGUGUUCCGCUGCAGUUGUUUGUCGUGCGCAACGACUCGCCGUGCGGAAGCACGAUUGGUCCCAUGCUCAGCGCCAAGCUUGGCGUGAGGACGCUGGAUCUGGGGAACCCGCAGUUGAGUAUGCAUUCGAUUCGCGAGACGGGCGGUAGUGCGGAUGUGGAGCAUGCGAUUAAGUUAUUUGAGAGCUUCUAUGAACGGUUUGGAGAGUUGGAGGAGAAGAUUCUUGUUGAUUAA